AUGGCCGAUGGAAUCGACAGACGCGCCGAAGAGCGCAUGGAGUUCAGCACCUCUAAGGAGGUCACUGUGGCCCCGACCUUCGAGGACAUGCACCUGAAGGAGAGCUUGCUCCGUGGAAUUUACGCCUACGGGUAUGAGUCCCCCUCUGCUGUGCAGUCGCGCGCCAUUGUUCAGAUCUGCAAAGGCCGUGAUACCAUUGCGCAGGCCCAGUCCGGUACCGGUAAAACUGCGACUUUUUCGAUCAGUACUCUGCAGGUCAUUGACACUGUUGUCCGCGAAACCCAAGCUUUGGUUCUUUCCCCCACUCGUGAACUUGCAACACAGAUCCAGUCCGUCAUUAUGGCCCUUGGCGAUUACAUGAACGUCCAAUGCCAUGCAUGCAUUGGUGGUACCAACAUUGGCGAGGAUAUUCGCAAGCUCGACUAUGGCCAGCACGUCGUCUCUGGAACACCGGGCCGUGUCGCUGACAUGAUCCGCCGCCGCAACCUUCGUACACGCCACAUUAAGAUGCUCGUCCUGGAUGAGGCCGACGAACUUCUUAACCGCGGUUUCCGAGAGCAGAUUUACGAUGUCUACCGUUACCUCCCACCGGCAACACAGGUUGUGGUGGUCUCGGCUACCCUUCCAUACGACGUGCUGGAUAUGACAACCAAAUUUAUGACAGAUCCCGUGCGCGUUUUGGUUAAGCGUGACGAGUUGACCUUGGAGGGUAUUAAGCAAUACUUCAUUGCCGUUGAGAAGGAGGAGUGGAAGUUCGACACCCUGUGCGAUCUUUACGACACAUUGACUAUCACCCAAGCUGUGAUCUUCUGCAACACCCGCCGCAAGGUCGACUGGCUGGCCGACAAGAUGCGCGAGGCCAAUUUCACUGUUUCUAGCAUGCACGGUGAGAUGCCUCAGAAGGAGCGUGAUAGCAUUAUGCAGGACUUCCGCCAGGGUAAUUCUCGUGUCCUGAUUUCCACUGAUGUGUGGGCCCGUGGUAUCGAUGUUCAGCAAGUGUCUCUGGUCAUCAACUACGAUCUCCCCACCAACCGUGAAAACUACAUUCACCGUAUUGGUCGUUCUGGUCGUUUUGGGCGCAAGGGUGUGGCCAUCAACUUCGUCACCAGUGAAGACGUCCGCAUCCUGCGUGAUAUCGAACUUUACUACUCCACUCAGAUCGAUGAGAUGCCUAUGAAUGUUGCGGAUUUGCUCUCAUAA